AUGUCUGCCGAACAUGAUCCGGAGGUGGACCCUCCCGAGGUGCCCAUCCUCCGCCUCCGGAUCACCCACAUCACAUCAACCAUGUCGACCCCCUUACCUACCUUGGCCAACUACUACGUUCCUCCGCAAUUCGCUACGGCCGUACCUAUGGGUGUACUCCCUCAUCACGCACCCGUCAUCCGGAUCUUUGGCACCACGCCCGCCCUCCAGAAGAUAUGCGCUAACAUACACCUCUGCUACCCCUACUUCUACGUCCCGUAUCCUAUGGACUCUACGGACCCUCUUCGGCCCGAAAGAGUCGUGCGUCUCUGUCAGCGCUUUGCUGUGUCGCUCAACCACGCCAUCUGCCUCGCGAUGCGCCAAAAUCCCACAUCAGCGUCCAACAAGUACGGCGGCGGCACCGAUCCGAAGCACCUACACGUCGUCUCGGUGAUGCUCGUCAAGGGGACGCCGUUCUACGGCUACCAUGUGGGCUACAACUACUUCCUCAAGGUCAGCCUGGUGAACCCCCAGAGGAUGUACGUGGCGCUGGAGCAGCUAAGGAAGCCGGCGGUACUAGGGAGAGAAUGGCAGCCGCACGAGGCGCACAUGAAUCACGUCUUGCAGUUCAUGUGCGACUUUGACUUGUAUGGUUGCGGCUGGCUGGAUCUGAGUGGUGGGACAUUCAGAGCGCCUCUUCCUGAGGGUGAUCCUUACGAUUCCCCCGGAAAGGGUCCGACCACCAUCUUCAACUCCCUCACUGUCCCCUCCGAUAUGGUGUAUCCACCCGUACUCUCUCCACCCAAAGACUCGCAUACGCCUCUAGAAAUCGAUAUCCUCCCCAACCAGAUCAUCAAUAGGCGCGGACUCAAACCGCGAGCGCUACAUCAGGACUUCGUUGAGCUCCUGCAGCAGCCGCUGGACCCCAAGGAGAAGCUCGUUCCCGCCGUAGCGGAGCUAUGGGAGGAUGAGCGCCGACGUCGGUCGAUGCGAGGCCAGUCUUUGGCUGAAGAAGCAAUGAUGCCCGGUUUGGGGAUGGGUGGUCGGUCGAUGGAGGAAUUAGGAUACAAGGUGCCCGGGAAAGAAGUGCAUGAGAAUCAGGGCGGUCAUUGGAAGAUCUCGGAAGAGCUCUGGGGGAUGUUGGAGGAACGGAUGGGGAUAGAGAGAAGGCGGAAAGGAAGAUUGACGUUUGAGCGAUUCUCGGGCGAGAUCAGGGCGGGCAAGGAGGGUGAGAAGCUCAAGUACGACAGGUGGGUCAUGACCACAUUCAAAGCUGUAUCGGCACAUUGGCCCAAACUCGACAAAGUAGCCAAAUCGACACAAAGAUCUAAGCGGUCGAGGAAGGGCAGACCGUCGUCUGCUAUCGCCCCCUCUUCACCCAUCGGACAUUCCUCUCCUCCACCCGGUCAGCUCGCCUCAUCACCCCUCAGACCUGCCCCCAUGCCCGCAGCCGUUGACGACGUCGAAGCGUUCUCAUCGGACGAAGACGAUGAUGACCUCCUUGAGGGCGAAGGCAACCCUUUCCACCUUUUCGCAAUGACCCAGGCGCCCAUGCUGGAGAUGAAGGUCGAAGUGGACUCCAAGUACAUCGCAGGCGAUACUGGCGCCGCACCGGACGAGGAGGAAGAGGAAGAGGCGGCUCUUAGGCGGCAUACGGAGGAUGUCCAGCAGCGUGCGGACGCCGGGCGGGACUUUCGAGCCACGCAGGCGGCGCCAAAAGGCGAGGAGAGUGACCACGAGUAUGGUGAUGAGGAGCUAGACGCACUAUUCCGAAAGACGGUGACUGGAGGCUUCGAGAGUAGACCUUCCACUCCAAGGCGGCGAGAUGGCGAUGCGACGUCACAUACGCCUACAACGAGGGGUACGGGCUCGUCUGGGGGUUCGGUAGACGCGAGGCGGUAUCAGCGGGAAAAGCGGAUGAGGGAGUUGGCCGGUUGGGGCGAUCUCAGUACUAUCAUGGACCGCUCCUCGGUAUCGCUCACACCGCCUGCAAAUCCAUACGAUGAUCGUCCAGGCACCCCGCAGCGGCCUCGUACACCUACUGGUCCGGCUACACCCGUCAGCGACAAUGCCACGCCCACUUCAAUGGUCCGCAACCUAUUUGCCAAAAAGACCAACGGUCCCUCCCCGCUCAACACUCCUUCUAAACAUGCGGCCUGGCCGCCGGUCAAUACAGUCAUCCUCCCACCGUCAAAAAGGUCGGUCGGGCCGUGGUCACCUUCACCUGAAAAGGAUGAGAUGGACGAGAGUCCCUCAAAAGUGACCCCUCGAGCGGUUCCUCGACUGCCGGAGGUCAAGGUCAAAUCGGAAUUUGAGGAGAUCUCGGCGCAGCCGGAUAGUGAUGAUGUCGCUAUGCUGUUCGCGCCGGCUCAGCAGCAACCCUCGAUCGAGACGUCGGAGUCGGGGAAGACGGAGCCGACGCCUCAGCCGGUGCAGGUCAAGGUGGUCAUUCCGAUGUCGAGUCCGACGCAGCUGAACGAGCCUGCGGAGGAGGUCCCAUCGGCGGAGCGGACUUCAGGGGUCGAGCUGCCGUCUAGCAAUGACCCCACGCGCUUCGCAGCGGCUGUCGAUGCGGCCGACGCUCCGUCGGAAAGGCCAAAGAAGCGGGUCCGAAUGGCUGGACCAAUAGACGAGCCCGAGAACCCUUUCACUCAACACCCCAACCUUUCUCAGCGGUCUCAACUCAGUCAGCUGAGCCAGCGGAGCGCCUCGUCGGCACAUAGCCAUCCUACGGUGAGCUCGGACUCGACCGAUCCGGCCGUCCACUUUGCCAAGGACGCAUGGCAAUUCUACCUCGCUCCACCGUCCGCGCGGGAUGUAACGGCCACGAUGGAGUCGAGUGGCAUCCCCACUGUCAUUUAUCAGGAACCGUACUAUUCCAACCCGGUUGAUGUCCCGCCUCGGGCCAAGAUGUUUGCUGGGCGCAUGUUUGCGCUUAAGGGGAACACGGUGGCGGAUCUGCAGGAGUUUGAUGUCACGGGCAUCACGCCCAAGACAAAGCGGUGGUUGAAGACGAAGCGGACGGCCAGUGUACGGGUGCCUCGAGGGUGGGAGUAUGCGGUUCCGCCACCGAGGUUGGAUAAGGUGGUCAAGUGGUGCCAUGACGAGGAUGUGGAGCUGUACAAGAGGGAGCAUCUUCACGCGCUCGCCAACUCACAACUCUCCGGUCCGACCCAAAAGAACCGGUUCGGCUUCAAAUUCUCCCAGAAGAAGAAGAGCAAGGACGCCGAGCGCGAAGCCCAAAACAUGUCGGUGCUCUGUAUCGAGGUCUUUGCCAAGUCCCGACAUCAGCUCCUGCCCGAUCCGGAAAAGGACGAAAUCACCUCCAUCUUCUUUUGCUACCAGAACGAGGACGAAAAUCUGCCAAACACCACCUCGCUUCCUGGCUACUAUGCUGGUUAUGCGGUUGUCGAUGGUGCGCAGACUCGAGGUGGGCGGUCCAAGCUGGACGGGAUACCCUGUACGGUGCUCGACUCUGAGCUGGAUCUAAUCAAUUGGUUGAUUGAUCUGGUGAAGGGCUGGGAUCCGGAUGUGCUGGGUGGAUGGGAGCUGCAUAACGCUUCGUGGGGAUAUGUGACUGCGAGAGCGCAGGAGUCAUUCGGAAUGGACCUUACCGAAGAGCUGUCGCGAGUCGUCGGUGGUCAUACUGGACUCAGGAAGGAUUUUUACUCCGCCACGCACACGUCGACGUUCAAAGUGUCAGGUCGGCACGUCCUGAACGUCUGGCGGAUCUGUCGAGCCGAGAUCAACCUAACUCAGUACUCUUUUGAGAAUGUCGCCUUCCACCUCUUGCAUCAACGUAUACCUCGCUAUUCAGCCGCGAGUCUUACAGCCUUGUGGAAGAGCAAGACGCCAGAACACACCAAUCGCGUGCUCAAGUACUUCUUCCAGCGAGUCGUCAUGUACUGCGAGAUCAUCGACGCGGCAGAGAUCAUCACCAAGAAUGCCGAAUUUGCUCGGGUUUUCGGCGUCGACUUUGCGUCAGUCAUGUUCCGCGGCUCUCAGUUCAAGGUCGAAUCCUUCAUGUUCCGCAUCGCCAAGCCCGAAUCCUUCGUCUUCGUCUCGCCCUCGAAGCAGCAGGUUGGACUGCAGAACGCUCCAUUCGCCGUUCCGCUCAUCGCCGAGCCCGAAAGCAAGUACUAUACCCAUCCCAUCCUCGUGCUCGACUUUCAGAGUCUGUACCCGUCCAUCAUGAUCGCGUAUAAUAUCUGCUAUUCGACGUGCCUGGGUAGGGUGGAGAAGUUCAAGGGGACGGACAAGUUUGGGUUUACGGAAUUGAAGGUGGCGGAUGGGUUGUUGGAGCUGUUGAAGGAUUACUUGACUGUCACUCCGAACGGGAUGGUGUUCGUCAAGCCGGCGGUGCGGAAGAGCCUGUUGGCGAAGAUGUUGGGCGAAAUUCUGGAUACUCGAGUGAUGGUCAAGCAGGGUAUGAAGGGUGCUAAGGGCAACAAAACUCUGCUAUCGCUACUGAAUGCUCGUCAACUUGGUUUGAAACUUAUGGCCAAUGUCACCUACGGCUACACUAGCGCCACCUACUCUGGACGUAUGCCUUGUAUCGAAGUGGCCGACUCAAUCGUGCAGACUGGGCGAGAGACACUGGAGAAGGCUCAAGAGCUGAUCCACUCUCGGCCGGAAUGGGACGCCAGAGUAGUCUACGGCGACACCGACUCCCUCUUUGUCGCCCUCCCUGGUCGAUCCAAGGAUCAGGCGUUCAAGAUUGGGAACGACAUCGCCGAUGCUGUUACAGCCAUGAACCCGAAGCCAGUCAAGCUCAAGUUCGAAAAGGUGUAUCUGGGUUCAGUCCUCAUGGCCAAGAAGCGCUACGUCGGCUUCAAGUACGAACAUCCCGACGAGCUCGAGCCGGUAUUUGACGCUAAGGGUAUCGAGACGAUCCGGCGGGACGGUUUCCCGGCGCAACAAAAGAUCGAGGAGGUGUGCUUGAAGAUGUUAUUUCGGAAUCAAGACCUGUCGGAGAUCAAGGAGUUCUGCCGGCAGGAGUGGACAAAGAUACUGCAAGGCAGGGUGUCGCCACAGGAGUUUAUAGUGGCAAAAGAGGUCAGGCUAGGGUCGUACUCAGACAAAGGGGUUCCUCCGCCUGGAGCUGCGGUGGCCUACCGGAGAAUCUUGAAGGAUCCGCGUGACGAGCCGCAGUACGCUGAGCGGGUUCCAUAUAUCGUUUCGAACGCGGACGGGAGGCGGUUGAUUGAUCGAGCACGGAUGCCAGAGGAGAUGCUUGCUAAUCGAUCCCUCGGCAUCGACGCGGAGUACUACAUCCGCAACCUCCUCAUCCCUCCUCUGUCUCGGAUCUUCAACUUGGUCGGAGCGGACGUCGAGAACUGGUUCGACUCGAUGCCCCGAGUCAAGCGGGCGGGACGAUAUGAGCAAGCAGCCCAAUCAAGCAAGGCGGCCGGAGGCAAGAUGCGUAUUGACAGCCAUUUCAAGUCGAGCCAUUGCGUUGUCUGCGGAGCAGAGUCGCCGUCAGGCAUCUGCAAGCUGUGUAUAGACUCUCCAUCGACCUCCUCGCACACUAUUCUAUCUCGCGAACACCUCGCCCAAGAAAAGCUCGCAGCAUUCCACAAGAUCUGCGCGUCAUGUAGCGGGACCCCGCUCAGCGACAAGAUACUGUGCGACUCGAUCGACUGCCCGCUGACUUAUGCGCGGUCGCAGGCGCAGCGGGACGUGGAGGAUCUGGUGGAUGUACGGCGGGCGCUGGAUAAAUUGGAUCUGGAGGGGCCAGAGCGAAGGGAAGAGGGACCAUGGGUGGGGGCCAUGGACUGGUAA